AUGGAUGAUAGUGUCUUAAGCAUUGGCAUUUAUGAAAUGGCAGUAGGCAAAACAACUCUGGCAAUGCAUAAUGAAAUUGCCAGUGUAUUGAAAUUAGAUAUAUCAUUUGAGAAUGAUGACAGGAAAAGGGCAGCUAAACUCUCUCAGGCAUUCAAGAAAAGGGAGAGAUUUGUACUAAUGUUGGACAAUGUCAUGAAACAAAUUGAUUUAGAGGAUAUUGGUAUUUCUGUAGGAAUGAAUGGAUGCAAGUUGGUCAUAACAACUCAAUCAGAAGAAGUUUAUCAAUGGAUGGUGCCAGAGGAUUAUAAAAGUAAAAACACUCCCCCAUCAAGAAGCUUUGGAACUAAUCUUGAAGAAACUUCGCAGAGUUGA